AUGCCGACGUAUCUGAUGGUGACUUUGCUCUUAGCUUUGGGGUUUUACAUUGGUCUCAACUUCAUCGCCACUCCACCCCCAACCUCUCUCAAUACAUUGUUUGAUGAGUACAGUCGAGAACCUGGGGAGUUCGAUCCGCAGAUGGAGGAAGGGGACGAGAGGCCUAUAGAUCCAUUCUCUGACAUUGAUAUCACAAGAAUCAAUCAUCUCAUGUUCAAUUCAGCAUUUUGUAUGCAAGACUAUUACUGGUCAUAUGAAGGAAAUAAAAUACCUGAUUCUCUCGCCUUGCACAUCAGCAGUCAAGUUCACCAGCUCCCUUGCUGCAUCAGAUUCGAUGGUCCUUGUCAAGUUUCCCACUUUUUCAAGCCUACAUCCACUGAGGUCGAACUUGAUGGAGUAAGAACAGAAGAAGCUCAUUUCAGAGGAAGGAAGUUGCAGGGAGCUACUCUCUCACUCCCUUCUGGCUAUUCUGGUUUUGUGCUUGGACAAGCAAGUAACCGAAAUGCUAAUGGAAAGAGAAAAGCUUCUAGUCCCGAAGAAGAGAAGCCGUGUUGGGAAGCCAAGGCCAAGUUCGAUAGAAUGACGUACUGGAACCACGAUAGUCUUCCUUCGAAAGACGAUACUUUCUUGCGGUCUUUUCACUGGUUUAGCAUCGCUGAAGCGCUGCAUAAGCCACUGAAAGUUGAAGACUUGGUUGCAGCAUCACGCGGUGAAAAGGAUAAGAUAUGA